AUGGCCACGGGAACCCAGGGGCACCUAGACCACGUUCCGGAUAAAGCCAGGCUCGCGGCGGCCACAGGGAGGCGCAAGAGAGUGGAGGGGGGCAAGCCCAGGAAGAACUUCCCCUGUCAGCUGUGCGAGAAGGCUUUCAACAGUGUGGAGAAGCUAAAGGUGCACUCCUACUCACACACAGGAGAGAGACCGUACCGGUGCUCCCAUCAGGACUGCACCAAGGCCUUUGUCUCCAAAUACAAGCUGCAACGGUAACAGAACAAACACCUGUUAUCUUCUAGUAGGCCAUACUGUAUUCAUAUGUACAACACUUACUGUAAUAUGUAGUUGUUAUCUUUAGUAGUCUAUCAUUUUAUACAUUAAUGUGUUAUUGAAGUGUUAAAAUCACACGUGUCCUCCUGACUAGCAUGCCUACAUAAGCUGAAAGAGUUAUUGCUGAAAUAUAAUGUGUUGAUGGAAUGUCAUCUGUGUUCAAAGGCAUAUGGCGACACACUCGUCGGAGAAAACCCACAAGUGUACUUACUGUGAGAAAAUGUUCCACCGCAAGGAUCAUUUGAAGAACCACCUGCACACUCACGACCCCAACAAGGAGGCCUUCGCCUGCCAGGAGUGCGGCAAGAGCUACAACACUAAGCUGGGCUUCAAGCGUCACCUGGCCCUUCACGCGGCCAACAGCGGAGACCUCACCUGCCAGGUGUGCCUGCAGCCAUUUGCCAGCACCGGCCUGCUCCUGGAGCACCUUAAGACCCAUGCCGGCAAGUCCUCGGGCGGCACCAAAGAGAAGAAACACCGGUGCGAGCAUUGUGAGCGCCGCUUCUACACGCGCAAGGAUGUGCGCCGCCACAUGGUGGUGCACACGGGCCGCAAGGACUUCCUGUGCCAGUACUGCGCCCAGCGCUUUGGCAGGAAGGACCACCUUACGCGCCACAUGAAGAAGAGCCACGCCCGCGAGCUGCUGAGGGUCAAGACGGAGCCGGCCGAUUCGCUGGAUUUGCCCUUCUCCUGCGGGCUAGCCGGAGGCGUCAAGGGCGAGCUGGCCACCAUAUCAGCGCCGCACAGGCAGCUCCAGCUCAACCUGUACGGCAGCCCUCUCCUGCCCCAGCACCACUGCCCCACCAUGCCUCCCCUGGACACAGAGCCCAACCCCCCAAACCCCUUCUCCCUAAAGUACCAGCUGGGUUCUAACCUUACCUCAUACUCCGUCUCCACUCUGGAGAGGGAGCAGCAUCUAAAGGGAGAACUGGAGACGUAUCUGAUGGAACUGCAGAGCGGCAUGCCCUCCUCCUCGGCCGAGGGGGCUCAGCUAUCCUCCGCCUCCAAACUGGAGUUGGACUCCCAGGUGGGCUCAUUGGACGAGACCUCGCCCGACGAGGCGUCUCUGUCCAAAAUCUCGGCAGCGGCGGCAGUGGGCGAGUCGCUGGCCUCCUCCUCGUUGCUCGACUUCUCACAGCUCUUCAACUUCCUGCCCUUGAACAGCCCUCCUUAUGGGCACCAGGUGACAGCCGGCGGGGGUCUAGGCGGAGUCCCCUUCCCGCCAGAGGAGGCGCUGUCACUCGUCCAGCUGCCGCCCCAGUCCCCGGAUUCCCACGAGGCGACAGGGAGCGGGGAGGAU